CAAAACAUUAAUUACUUUUCUCUCUAGAAAUUUUUAAAAUUUUAUAUUUUUAUACAAAAAUGAAAACUUUAGUCUUUCUAGAAGUCUUGGAUCUUCUGUUGUCCUUAUUACUCUCCGACCACAAGAUCUGGUAAUUUUUGACAUUGGAUGAAUAAAUAAAUUUCCAAAGAUUACUUUGGUACAAGUGUCACUUUUUGACAUAAAUUACUAUUGUAUAAAUUUUUACAACAAUGCCAUUUUUGCAUGAGAGAGGGUCAUUAUGGGAAGAAUAAUAUCCAAUAAAAUAUUAAAAACUUGAAUGCCAUUGCCUUUCUCACUGUUUAAGUGUUAAAUGAACAUUUAAAUAUAAUGCAUUUAGAAGAAAAUAAGAAAUUAUUAUUGAGAAGGGUUCAGAUUUCAUUUGAAUGUGACACUGAGGAGAGAUAAAAUAAUUUUCUAAUGCUCUUUGCUAGGUUUUUAUUUUCUUGAAAGUGUUUUUACUGGUGAUGUUUUUUUUUUAAUUUAUUUAGAUUAAGGUUGUUUUUUUAUUUUUCUUGUCCUCUGUCACUAGACAUAUUUUGCUGUUUGAAUAAAACCGUGGUUCAUCUAUUUUUUAAAUAAAAAAUAAAAUAAUUUUUUUAUUUGAAAAGUCAUAUAGGGGCUUUUAUAGAAUGAUAAUUCUUCAAUUAUUUGAGGGUAUUCUGGGCAUCAUGGUGGGUGUUUUGUUUAUAUUUUUCUCUAUUAUAUAUAUAUAUAUAUAUUAAAGAGAGGCACGUACAUGUUAAAAAUAAUAAUAAUAAUUUUCAAAAUUUUUGGCACACAAAGGAGGGGGGCAUUCAGGGAAACUUAUCAUGAAAAACAGUGUUAUCUCUUUUUCUUUGCAUCUAUUAUGUCUAAAUAUGGAAUCAUGAAGCUUUUAAGGUGGCUAUGAGGAAAUAAAACUUGCAAAACUUUAGUACCAAAAUCAGGGGCAUUUAGGGAAACUUAUAAUGAAAAAACAGAGGACUCUUUUCUCAUUUCUUGAAAUGUUCUCUACAAUCAAUUAGCUUCCAUAUAGGGGCAAACAUGGAAUCAUGAAAUUUUCAAGGGGCAUAUGUGUAAAUAAAACUUCAAAACUUUAGUACCAAUACAAGGGCAUUCAAUAUAACUUAUUACAGUGAAAAACAGAGCACUCUUUCUUGUUUCUUGCAAUGUUGUCUAUAAUUAAUUAGCUUCCACACAAGGACAAACAUGGAAUCAUGAAAUUUCCAAGGGGCAUGUGUUAAAAAAAAAAUCAGGGGCAUUCAGGGAAACUCGUAAUAUAAACAGAGCACUCUUCCUUGUUUUUUACAUAUUUCACUACAUUCAAGUAGUUUUCAUAUACCAGCGAUAUAAUAGUUUAUUGGUAACGAAAUUCUUAUUAAAAUUUUUUUCAAACAAUAAAAGUUCGAAUCAUAAGUGAUGAUAUAUUUUUGACAAUGUGAGUAGAAGUUGUAUACAAAUGAUACUAAUAUUUAAAUAUUCAUGAUCCCGCCCUGCUUGCUCCGCAUUAAAAAUUCAGCUCACUCUGCCUUGCUCUCAUCUUCCCCAAAAAAUAAAUAAAUAAAUAAAUAAAUAAACUUCCAUAUGAGAACAAACAUGGAAUCAUGAAAAUUUCAAAGGGUAAAUGUGUAAAUAACACCUCAAAGCUUCCGUACCAAUUUCAAAGGGCAUUAAGGGAAACAUGUUCAUGGAAAAACAGAGUGCAAGCUCUUCUCUGCAACACCAACUCUCUUUCUCUGUUUCUUUGUCUUUUCAAAGCCAUUAGAAUACAAAGAAAAAGAGAAAAUGGAAAAAGAAAUAAAGAGAAUACAACAAGGACACAGCACAGAUGAUGAUGGUCCCAAGUAUCUCAGUUGGUAAAAGUAGCUCCAGUAUCAUCUUUUCCACCUUCUUCUCCUUCUUAAAGCUCAGUGUUCAAUCCAUUUUCCUCUCAAGUUUUGGAUUUGAAUGCUCUGAAAACAGUCAUCAUUUGCAUCUGAGGUUCAUCCCAUUCUUGGUUUCCUGCAUGCUUGACAUCAGCGCUUGGUUCAAUCAUUAGAGGUCAAAAAGAAAAGGAGCGAGAUGUGUGAACAAAAGGAGGCGUAGUGUGGAGCUUGAAGACUCUAAAGUUGGAAGCUUGGAUCUUUAUGUACUUAUCAUGAAGUAGUUUAGUUUCAUUAUUGUAUAGUUUCUAUUUCUAAAAUUUGGACAGAACUUAGAGAAUGGCAGACUUAAGAGUCAGAAGAGUGGAAUCAGGCCAUACAAAGAUUAGGAAUGUUCCAAUUGCUGUAACACCAGAAGGAUUUUGGUGUUGUCCUGCACCUGUUGUUAUUCAAAAAACACUGAAAAACCACAACCAAAAUAAACCAAAGCCACAACCAUCACUUCCACCUUCAAAAACUUCUCUCCAGAAAACAUCGACUAAUGUAACCAAUAAGAAAUCUCAUGCUACACAAUUAAGAUCUAGGAUCACUUCUGAUGAUCCAAGAAGUUUGGCUUCUGAUAACAUGCUGAUCAGCUCCGAAAGGAAGCCAAAAACUAAUGGUGAUAAUCAGCAUGUAAGGAAGAUAUCUGUUGCAUUUGGCCAGCCUGAAACUAGUGAUCUAAAGAUGAUUUUGUCUGGAAAGGAAGGAGUUGCUGUGAGGAUGAGUGUUCACCGGGACAUUCUUGUCGAACAUAGUAAAUUCUUAGCGGAAAAGCUCUCUAGACAGUCUCCGGUACCAUCAAUUGAAAUAGGUGACUGUGACGAUGUCGAGAUUUAUGUUGAAAUCAUAGGAUUGAUGUACUGCAAAGAUGUCAAGCAAAGGUUGAUCAAGCAAAAUGUUGCCCGUGUUCUCCGCAUAUUAAAGGCAGCGGAAUUACUUGGCUUCGGCACAUGCAUCAAAUCAUGCUUGGAGUACUUGGAAGCAGCUCCUUGGGCUGGAGAAGAAGAAGAAACUGUUGUCUCAUCUGUCCAACAUCUCCAAGGCACCAAGUAUGGAAUCAGCCCAAUACUAAAACGAGUAACUUCCGAUAUUUCCAAGCCCCCUAAUGAUACACUCACUUCCAUUAUGGAGCUUGUUCUGAAAAGCAACGAGGAUAGAGGCCGGCGUGAGAUGAAAUCUUUAGUUUUGAAACUUCUUCGUGAGAACAGUCUUGUGAUCGAUGGCUCAGUGGACAUAUGCAUCGAAACAUUGUACGCUUCAUGCGGGAGCUGUUUAAACUCGCUGUUGUUUCUGUUCAAGCAAGCAUCUGAGCCGGGGUUUUCAGAUAAAUCUUUUGAUAACCGGGAUCCUAUCAUGCGACAAUUAACGCUAGAAGUAGAUAAUCUUUUAUGGCUGAUGGAGAUUUUGGCUGACAGACGUGUAGCAGAUGAGUUUGCAGCAAUGUGGGCUAGUCAGGAUGAGUUGGCUGAAUUACAUCCGAAGGUUCCAACAGGAUACCGGCAUCUAGUCAGCCGAAUCACUGCUAGACUCUUCGUCGGUAUAGGUAGAGGAGAGAUGCUUCCGUCUAAGGAAAUACGCAAACUGCUGUUAAAUGUAUGGUUUCAGCCUCUGAUUAAUGACUACAAUUGGUUGCAAAAUAGCUGUAGAUCAUUUGAUCGGCAGGUUGUGGAGGAAGGUAUCGGCCGGACAAUUCUUACACUUCCUUUGGAAGAUCAGCAAACUGUUUUGCUUUCUUGGUUGGGGAGUUUCUUGAAGGUUGGCGACAACUGCCCAAACCUUCAGAGAGCCUUUGAGGUCUGGUGGCGGAGAACUUUCAUUAGGCCGCACGUGGAACAACAACAACAGCAAGCUAAUUUACUGCUGCUGGAUAAAAUCUAACUCAAGAUCUCAGUACAAAAUGAAGCAAUGUAAGUCUUUCAUGGUGUUGAAAGAGUUUCUGUUUAUGGUUUUGUGUAUAGAUGUGGAAGCUGAAAAUUUACUGUUUUAUAUAACAGUAAGGUAUUUGGUUGUAUUUUUAAUUUAAGUUUGAUGGAUUUUGUGUCGAUGGAUUCAAAUGUUUGCCA